AUGGCUGAAGAAAAAAAUAAUUUCUUUUUCAUUCUUAUCUCUCUCUGUCCCCUCUCUCUUUCUCUCAAACUCUCUCUUUCUGUCUCCCCCUCUCUCUUCACUUCCAUUUUGCAAUCGCUCUAUCUUUUUUCUCUAUGUUUCAAUAUUUCUUCUCUCUUCUUUCUCUCCUCUUUUUCUUCUCUCUUUAUUUUCUCUCUUUUUUCUCUUUUUUUUUUCAUUUUCCUUCUUUUCUCCUUCUCCUUCGCUUCUCUUUUUUCAUCCCAUCCCCACCGGACCAAUUCUUUUGAUAUAUUUGCUUUCUUCUUUUCUCUAUCGUUCAAUUUUCUCCUUUCUCUGUCUUCUCCUUUUCUCCCUCCCUCUUUUAACUUUCUCCGUCUCUGUUUAUUCGUUUUUUGUUUUUGUUUUUCUCUUUCAUUCAAAUUUCGUCUUUCUUAUUUCCCCUUAUUCUUUUCACUUUUCACAUCUCUUUUUACAUGCAAUUUAUUUUUCUUUCAAUUUCUUUCUUUUCUAUUUCUCAUCAUUUUCUCUCUCUCUCUCACUCUCUCUAUUUUCAUUCCUAUUUUCUUUAUUUCUUUCAAUUUCCUUCUUUUCACUUUCUCAUCAUUUUCUCUCUUUCUCUUUUCAUUCCCUUUUCCUUUUUAUCUUUCUUUCAAUUCCCUUCUUUCCUCUUUUUCAUCAUAUUUUCUCUCUCAUUUUUUUCAUUCUCUCUUCACAUUUAUCUUUCUUUCAAUUUCCUUCUUUUCUCUUUCUCAGCAUAUUCUCUUUCUAAUUAUUUUCAUUCCCUCUUCCUUUUUAUCGUUCUUUCAAUUCAUUUUUUCUCUUUCUCGUCAUUUUCUCUUUUUCUCUUUUCAUUCCCUUUUCAUUUUUAUCUUUCUUUCAAUUUCCUUCUUUUCUCUUCCUCAUAAUUUUCUUUCUUUCUCCCUCUAUUCAUUCCCUCUUUUUUUUUAUCUUUCUCUCAAUUUCCUUUCCAUCCUCACUUCCCUCUUUUUUUUCCUUCAUUUAUUAAUUUUUUUUCUUUUUUAUUUCUCCUUUUCAUAUCUAUCUAUUUUUUUGUUACCUUCUCAUAUCUAUCUAUCUAUCUAUCUAUCUAUCUAUCUAUCUAUCUAUCUAUCUAUUCUUUUCAUAUCUAUCUAUCUAUCUAUCUAUCUAUUAGCUUUUUAUAUCUAUCUAUUUAUUGUUAGCUUCUCAUAUCUAUGUAUCUAUCUAUCUAUCUAUCUGUUAGCUUUUCAUAUAUAUCUAUUUAUUGUUAGCUUUUCAUAUCUAUCUAUCUAUCUAUCUAUCUAUCUAUCUAUCUGUCUCUUCUCAUAUCUAUCUAUCUAUCUAUCUAUCUAUCUAUUGUUGGCUUUUCAUAUCCAUCUACUUAUUGUUAGCUUUUCAUAUCUAUCUAUCUAUCUAUCUAUCUAUCUAUCUAUCUAUCUAUCUCGUUUCAUAUCUAUCUAUCUAUCUGUUAGCUUUUCUUAUCUAUCUAUUGUGUCGCUUUUCAUAUCUAUCUAUCUAUUUAUCUAUCUAUGGUUGGCUUUUCAUAUCUAUCUCUGUCGAUAUAUCUCUAUUGUUAGCUUUUCAUAUCUAUCUAUAUAUGCCAUUAUCUAUCUAUCUAUCUAUCUAUCUAUCUAUCUAUCUAUCUAUCUAUCGCACUCUGUUCAUUAUCUAUCUCACUUUUUCAUAUCUGUUUAUCUAUCUCACUUUUUCAUAUCUAUCUAUCUAUCUAUCUAUCUAUCUAUCUAUCUAUCUAUCUAUCUAUCUAUCUCAUUAUCUUUUUUCUAUCUACCUAUCUCUUCUCAUAUCUAUCUAUCUAUCUAUUUCAUUAAAAUUAUUUUAAAUAAGAGAGACAGUCAAGCAUGUAGGAAAAUAUUGCUUAACAAUAAGCCAAAUAUUACACCCGACGUAGAUAUAUGUAUUCUCUCUCUCUCUUCAGUAUGUUUAUACCUCUCUCUCUCUCUAUCUCUAUCUCUCUAUUUAUCUAUCUAUUCUUCAUAUCCUCUCUUUCUCUGUAACUAUUUCAAUCCCCAUAAUUUACCUCUCUCUCUAUCUAUCUAUCUAUCUAUCUAUCUAUCUAUCUAA